AUGCCUCAGUCCCUCUCUGCCUCAGUCCCUCUCUGCCUCAGUCCCCCUCUGCCUCAGUCCCCCUCUGCCUCAGUCCCCCUCUGCCUCAGUCCCCCUCUGCCUCAGUCCCCCUCUGCCUCAGUCCCCCUCUGCCUCAGUCCCCCUCUGCCUCAGUCCCCCUCUGCCUCAGUCCCCCUCUGCCUCAGUCCCCCUCUGCCUCAGUCCCCCUCUGCCUCAGUCCCCCUCUGCCUCAGUCCCCCUCUGCCUCAGUCCCCCUCUGCCUCAGUCCCCCUCUGCCUCAGUCCCCCUCUGCCUCAGUCCCCCUCUGCCUCAGUCCCCCUCUGCCUCAGUCCCCCUCUGCCUCAGUCCCCCUCUGCCUCAGUCCCCCUCUGCCUCAGUCCCCCUCUGCCUCAGUCCCCCUCUGCCUCAGUCCCCCUCUGCCUCAGUCCCCCUCUGCCUCAGUCCCCCUCUGCCUCCGUCCCCCUCUGCCUCCGUCCCCCUCUGCCUCCGUCCCCCUCUGCCUCAGUCCCCCUCUGCCUCAGUCCCCCUCUGCCUCAGUCCCCCUCUGCCUCAGUCCCCCUCUGCCUCAGUCCCCCUCUGCCUCAGUCCCCCUCUGCCUCAGUCCCCCUCUGCCUCAGUCCCCCUCUGCCUCAGUCCCCCUCUGCCUCAGUCCCCCUCUGCCUCAGUCCCCCUCUGCCUCAGUCCCCCUCUGCCUCAGUCCCCCUCUGCCUCAGUCCCCCUCUGCCUCAGUCCCCCUCUGCCUCAGUCCCCCUCUGCCUCAGUCCCCCUCUGCCUCAGUCCCCCCUCUGCCUCAGUCCCCCUCUGCCUCAGUCCCCCUCUGCCUCAGUCCCCCUCUGCCUCAGUCCCCCUCUGCCUCAGUCCCCCUCUGCCUCAGUCCCCCUCUGCCUCAGUGCCAGUCCCAGUCCCAGGUCUUGA